AAGCUACAACGGGAUGGCUACAGCGGGAUGCGUGCGGGGCUAUGAACUGCGGUACCGAGACUGCACUGAGAGUAAGUGUAACCUUGGAACCUUCUAUAUUCCUUAGGUACCUAAUGUUCUAUACAAUCCAACUUCAUUCCCUCUCACCAAGAAGCGUAAUUUUCAAGUUACUAUCUAGGAUACGGGCUCAUAUCUAUCUGCCAUAAACAUUCAUUAUGAACAAAGACCCAGGCCUCUCAGACGAGGCACUACCUGCGCUUCCCUUACCUGAGGGUAUCACCUCGGACUUCAUCGACUGUUCCUCAUCAUGCGGACUCGACUUCCACGUCCUCAAAGCCGGUGAACCUGGAAACCCUCUCAUACUCUUCUGUCACGGAUUUCCCGAGCUCGCAUACUCAUGGCGCAAAAUACUCCCCAAGAUCGCCGCGGCCGGGUACUACUGCGUGGCGCCGGACCAGCGCGGAUACGGUCGCACACUAGGCUGGCCACAUCACCAGCCCUUCGGCGAGGUCGAGCUCAACGACUUCACUAUGACGAACCUAGUCCGCGAUCUCGUGUGUCUAGUCUACGGACUAGGAUACACUACCGUAAGCAGCAUCAUCGGCCACGACUUCGGCGCCGUGAGCUCGGCCAUGGCCGCGCUAAUGCGCCCCGAUAUGUUUCGUUCCACGGUCCAGAUGAGCCACCCACAUCACCCACCACCACAUCCCACCGCGCCGAAGAAGAUCGACAUUCAGGCCGAGCUCGCGAAGCUGGACCCGCCGCGGAAACACUACAAGUGGUACAACUCCAGCUCCCAUGCCGCGCAAGACUGGGAUAACCCACCACAAGGCCUGGAGAAGUUUCUCCGCGGAUACUUCCACCUCAAGUCCGCGGACUGGGAUAAGAACGACCCGCGGCCACUGAAGAAAUGGGAUGCGAAGGAGCUGGAGGUCAUGCCGGAGUACUAUAUCAUGCGAGACGAACAUUCUAUGCCGGGGACCGUGUUUUCGAAUAUGAGGGACGAGGAUCUUUCAAAGACGGAGCGGUGGCUUUCGAAAGAGGAUCUUCGGGUUUAUUGCGACGAGUGGGCGCGCACGGGGUUCCAGGGCGCGUUGAAUUGGUACCGCGCCCAAACGGCGUCGACGCCGCAGUCGGCUAGGGAUAUGUUACUGUUCGCAGGUAGAAAGAUAGAGGUGCCGUGUGCUUUUAUUAGCGGAGAGAAGGACUGGGGUAAUUAUCAACAACCGGGUGCUCUGGAAGCCUACACGGAUCCGAGUUCUGUCAAGACGUUCUACUUCAGAGGUGCGAGGUUUAUAGAGGGGGCCGGACAUUGGGUACAGCAAGAACAGCCGGAUGCUGUGAUUAAAGAGAUUUUAGCGUUUUUAGGUACUCUAUGAUAUUUUCGGGAGGUGGUUGGCGGAUGUGGUGAUGAUGGGCAUAUCCGCGUUUGUCUGUUCAGCCACUAUCGAUAUACCUGCACUUGUCUCUGUAGGCUUCUUCAUACGGGUAUUAUAAUACACGAACACACUUCUUAAGCGAUAAGAUGGAAUAUGUAUUAAAUAGAAAAUAGAUAAAAGAGUAAAAGAAUAAAAAACAUCACCGCACCCCG